GCCGAGCAGCUUCCUCCGUAUCACGACACGGACAUAUAACUACUCAUUUGAUUAUUAUCAGCCUCAUCACCAUCACAUUAAUCACACCGGCAUUAGUUGGACUCCAGUCUCGCCACUACAGAUAUUCACCGUUGGGCACUGAGCGGUCAUCCCGUUGGGAGCUACUCCUCUUCCCUUCACGACUCCCCUGACUGCCGCUUGUCCCGGCCCGGAGAGCGGAGCCGCCGUGUGUGUGUGUUGGUUGUUUAUUGUCGGUUGCGUCAGCCCGCAGCCGCUCUAGUCAUUCCCCCCGAUCCGAUCCGAUCCGAUCCGCCAGCGCCGUACCUCACCAUGUCCACGCUGUCCCGCGUCCUCCUCCCCCUCUUCCUCCUCGCCGUCUGCCACCAGUCGGUGCAGGGCGCGAAUCUGCUGAACGCGCUGGGCGCGAAGGAGUCCUUUUUGCUGCGACUACUGCACGGGCCGUCGUGGGCGGCGCUGUCGCACCUGCAGUCGAUGCGCAUGAACUUUGUGGGCUUCCAGUGCGACAAGACGGAGGACUGCAUCACCGGCGAGUGCGUGGAGGACGUCAAGGGCGUCAAGCGCUGCGUCUGCGCCGCCGACGAGAUCGACCAUCCGGUGGCCAUGAUCCGCGGCGUGCAGUUUGAAUGGAAGAUCUGCUUGAAGUUGCGGUCGCACGGGCAGAAGUGUCUGGUGGACAAGCAGUGCAGCGAGCGCAUGCCCAACAGCUUCUGCGAGGGCGUCUCGGCGGUGUCGCCCGGGGAGUGCGUCUGCGACGACCACUUCAAGCCCAUCAACAUCAGCGGACUCCUCGCCUGCAAACCCGAUCGCAUCGGCGGCCAGUGCAUCACCAACGAGGACUGCAGCGCCAUCAAGAUGCUGUCGGACAACGGCCGCGAGCUGAACAUGUCCGACAUCACCAGCGUCUGCACGCGCCAGGACAACGCAACCGAGACGUCGCAGCGCUGCUCCUGCCCGCCCGGCUUCAAGAUCCUCGCCGACGGAUCCGCCUGCCAAGACAUCAACGAGUGCGCCAGCCAGUUCCCCGACGGCCCCUGCACCGCCGACGGCCGCGACAACCCCGCCGUCCUGUGCGUCAACCGGCCCGGGUCCUACGAGUGCAAGUGCCAGUACAAGUUCGGCAUUGACAACGGCAACGGCGACAAAGGCAUCUGCUGCGAAGCCGGACACUUCCCCUGCCGGUCGGGCUCGCGCUGCUUCAAGCUGGACGAGUUCUGCAACGGCGUGCCCGACUGCCUGGACGACUGCAGCGACGAGAAGAUGUACUUCUGCAACUUCAACGACGUCUACCCCGCGCCCGACUACCGCCUCUAUCCCCAAUGUCUUCCGGAGUCGUUAGUGUCGUAAGGGCAGUGACAAGCCGGGAUAGGACAGGAUGGGACGCUGCAAGGGUUGUUGAUGUUUUGUAUGCAUGAGCGGCACACGACGGAUGAUAAUAUUAGUUGCGUUGGAAUGAAUUCAAGGCGAUGUUGCAUGUUGCAGAUAGAGACGGAUUAGCACGUGCCUACGGGCCACUGCUAGCGCUGCUGUUAAUGUUGCUGUACAAUUUACUCUAAUUAUACACACACCAUUGAUUAUCCCUUUGUUUAGCCCUAAUUAUACAAAUGCUGAUGAUUGUUUCCGUGUCUUGAUGCUCUUCCUCUGAUGUUUCUUUGCUCGGGUCCACUGGAGCACUGGUCUGCGUGGACAGGACUGGACUGACUUAAUUGUGCCGUUGCAUUUUGGGGUUUCUGGCUUAUGCUUCCGCUCGCACAGAACGGUGUCUGCGUGGCAUUCACAAAUUAAUAAAACAA